CACAGAUCCAUUAGGUGCUGUUAAGAUCGAGAAUGUGAAAUCUAUUCAAGAAAGUAAAAGGAAAACUUUGAAUAUUGACGUUGAGAAGCUUUUCUCUAGUGGAUAUUACAAUUGUCCGAAUAUGAGAUGCGAUAGAAAAUAUAAAAUCAAACAUUCUCUGGUUAGACAUAUGCGACACGAAUGCACGCAAGUCAGUCACUUUAGUUGUCCUGAUUGUAGUCGAACUUUCACUCACGGCUUCAAUGUUAUUCGACAUCUUCAACAAGUUCACAAAUUAUCAUCCGAUUCAGCUCACCAACAUUUGCUGCUGGAGAUGGAAUUAAUUGAACCAAAAAUUAUGAUAAUGAGCGAUGGCCCUCGUUAUGUUUGUAGUCGUUGUGGUGUCAAAUACAAAAAAGUCUCCGCUCUUCGAUCUCACCUUAGGGAAUGUGGACGUGGAGCGCAAUGUCCACUUUGCCCCAAAGUCGUUACACAGAAGAGAAACCUUGCAAAGCAUAUGGAGAAACAUAAACGCGACGGCGAUGGCGGAGAAACAUUUCAAAUUUUGCGAAAGAUUUUGGAUUCAAAGAAUGUCACAAUCAAUCGAAGAAAUAAUGUGAUCAAAGUCAAUAACGAAUUAAAUAGAAGUCAGAAUCAAAGCAGUUCAAAUCCUGUGCCAACGACAAAUGGAUCACAAUGUCCGUAUUGUCGUCGCGUUUAUGCUGAUGCGACGGCUGUGAAUCGUCACAUAAAGAAAUAUUGCUUGAAAGAAAAGAGAUUUGGUUGUAUUUUCUGUCAAUAUCGGUCAAAACGUAAAGAUCACAUUGUUAGACAUUCAAUUCGUGUACACGAUACUCAAUUAAGACAAAAAAUUAUGGCCGGAGAGUUUGCGGCUCCGACAGAUGCUGUGUUGAAAGACGGAAAGCUUUGCGAGCCAGAAGGAGCAACAAAUGAGUCAACAGCAGUCAAUGAUUCCGAAUUCACUUUAGAUUUCUCAGCACUUUAUCCUGAGAUAACAGAUGAUGCCAUUAAUGAUGAUGAAGACGAACCACUGCCAAUAAAAACAGAAAUGUUGGAGUCUGACGAUGACUAAUUUCAUUUGUUGAACUUUUUUUUUAUUUUCAUCCAAAUAAUUUUGUUGUUUCGAAUAUUUUUCAAAGUUUAUCAAGCAACAACUGCUCAAGCAUCAUUUUUUUCCUUCACAAAAAUUUAAAGAUAAAAAGAAAACAGGGAAAGCAUUUUGUGAAUCUUUUGAUACAAUUUUUUAAUAUAAAAUGAAAAUAAAUUUUUAUUAAGAGUAUAAAUACAAAAAUCAUAAUAAAUGAGCGCUUAAAAAGUGUU